UCUAGCUCUCAAGGUUAUUAGACCUUGCUUGCGCUUGUUCUACUUAUACUCCACCAGGUGGCUUUUAGCGUGUAUAAAACCGUUAGUCGCGACUUUAGAAAUCACUUCUGCGCUUUUGCCAGGAUAGUAAUUUUGGUUUUAUCCAAGGAUUUUCCAUUGUCUUUUAAUUUUUUCAUCAAUGGCCAAUAAUUGCAAAUCGCUUAAACUGGAGGAAUCCGACUGCUUAGAUCAGUUGACAGAUAUCGUUAGUGAAUCUGACUCUGAUCAAAGUUAUAUAGCGGACAUAUCAGAUUCUGAAAAUGAAAGUGACGAAGACGAAACGAGCGCCGGAACCAGCUCUCGUCAGGUUUCUCAAAGUGCUUCUGAUUCCGAUGAGGAGUACCUUGAAGUUCUGCCACCAGAACAAUCUAUCCCUGAUCCUUUCCCUUUCCUAGAACAAUCUGGCCCCAAGCGCAUGCCUACUUCUGAUUCUCACCCUAUAGAGUAUUUUAACCUUUUUUUCACUAUGUCUCUGCUUUCUCUUAUGGUGGCGGAAUCGAACAGGUAUGCUAAGCAAGUCAUAAAUGGCAUGGGGGGGAAAGUGCCCGAAUAUCUAAAGAAUUGGAACCGUAUAACUGUUAAAGAAAUGAAGGGGUUUUUGGCCUGUGUCUUGAAUAUGGGACUUAUCAAAAAAUCUAGCAUCGCGUCAUACUGGUCCACUUCUGACUCCCAGGCCACUCCGUGGUUUAGGAAAAUGUUUUCUAAGCACCGCUUUUGUCACUUGCUUCGAUUCUUCCAUCUCGUAGAUAAAAGUAAGUUGCCUGGCACUGGGGAAUUAGGUUAUGAUCCGUGUGCCAAAUACCAACCUUUGGUGGACCAUGCGAAUAAGGUGUUCCGACAACACUACACGCCCCACCAAGAAAUAUGCGUCGACGAAACAUUAGUAGGUACCAAGAACCGAACCCGCCUGCUUCAGCAUAUGCCCAAUAAAAAACAUCAUCGUUGGGGAAUCAAGUUUUGGAUGCUGUGUGACUCCGUUUCGCACUACUGCCUGGGAUUUUUCACUUCUCGAGGGGCCGAGUCCCAGGAGGAGAAGGACAGCAUCUCGAAAUUUGGUUUAGGGUAUACUGUCGUUAGGCGGUUAUUGGAUCUUGGGAAUUACAACCGGAAGGGCUACCAUGUUUUCGUCGAUAACUAUUUCGUGUCGGUACCCCUUAUUCGCCACCUGUAUUCCCUGGAAACUUAUGUCACGGGGACGGUGCGUCGGAAUCGGAAGCACUUACCGCCACAGUUCAAAAAAAAUUUUUCGGUCGGCCAGACCUUGUAUUUCAGGUCUGGUCCGAUAUUAGCCUGUGGAUUUCGUAAAACGAAAUCAAAAAAAGAUGGUGUUCUUCUUUUAUCCAGCCAUGCAAGGGCUCGCGAGGACCAAAUUGUUAGGGGCGGGGUGGCUAAGAUAAAGCCAGAAAUAGUUUUAUCAUAUAAUAAAUUCAUGGGUGGGGUUGAUACAUCGGAUAUGAUGUUAUAUGCAUAUUUGGAUGAAAGGAAGUCAAUCAAAUAUUGGAAGAAGUUACAUUCUUUACAAAGAAAAUUUUAG